AUGCCUUUCGCACAACUAGUCAUUGGUCCGCCGGGCGCGGGUAAGUCGACCUACUGCGAUGGCAUGUACCAGUUCCUCACCGCCAUCGAUCGCAAAUGUGCUGUCGUCAACCUCGACCCUGCCAACGACAAAACUUCAUAUCCAUGCGCCCUCGACAUACGGGAUCUGGUCUCGCUCGAAGAAGUCAUGGACCAGGAAGAGUUGGGUCCUAAUGGUGGCGUCAUGUAUGCCCUCGAGGAGUUGCAAGAGAACUUUGAAUGGCUCGAGGAAGGCUUGAAAGAGCUCAGCGACCCGUACAUUCUCUUCGACUGCCCUGGCCAGGUCGAGUUAUUUACACAUCACAAUACAAUGCCCAACUUGUUCCACCGUCUCGAGAAAAUCGGUUACAGACUGAUCGUUGUCCACCUCCUCGACUCGCUCACUCUAUCCCGCCCUACCCUGUAUAUCUCCUCCUUACUACUCUGUCUGCGCAGCAUGCUCCAUCUGCCGUUCCCCCUUGUCAAUGUCUUGACCAAGAUCGACAACCUUGCAAAGAACUCUGAGCCUCUGCCCUUCAAUCUAGAUUACUAUACCGAAGUUCAAGAUCUGGAUUACCUAUUGCCCCAUCUCGAGGCUGAACAAAACAACACCUCUGUACAGAAUCUUGAAGAUCGUGCUGGAAAUAAGGACAUUCCUAGAUUGCCAGAGUCCAAGUUCACCGCCCUCAACGAAGCUCUGAUUCAACUCAUCGGUGAUUUCGGUCUUGUCGCCUUCGAGACGCUCGCUGUCGAGGACAAGGUCUCCAUGACAAAUCUGCUACAUGCCGUAGAUCGCGCCAGUGGUUACGUUUUUGGUACAGACAAGGGCACCAACGACUCGGUCUGGCAGGUCGCCAUGCAAGAAGGAUGGGGCGGCAAGAUUGAUGUCAGGGACGUCCAGGAACGCUGGAUCGACAGACGCGACGAGUUCGACCAAAUGGAGGCUCAGCAGGUUGAGGACCAGAAAGCAGGAUACGCCCGUCAAGCAGGCCAACCUGAAGUGCGCCGCGUACCUCCUCAGAAUCCGCCAUCAGAGAAGGAUGCUUCCAAUUCCAGCAAAGAUCUCGACCACGACGAAGACGAAGACGAAGACUUAGAGGCCAUGCAGGCUGCUUUCCUCAAGAAGCAGUCAGCCCAAGACGACAACGGCAUCAAAACCAUCAGAAAGGAUUGA